AAGUAACUUUUAUAAGAAGACGUAGUAAAUAAAAAUAAUUUAUUAAAUUAAAAUAAUACUUAUACUUAUAUAGGAGAGGAGAGUGCAACUACCAUGGGGAGUUUCUGUGCUGACAUUAAAAACACAGACACACACUUUGCAUUUCAUAUUCACUCCCUCUCACUUCACGCCAAAUGCCUGCUCUUCUUCUUCUACGUCUUCUCUCUCAUUCACAUAACACACAUUCUUGUACUAACUCUGCAUCAUAAACUCUACACCACUUCAUCUUCUUCUUCUUCUUCGGUCAUAUUGCCCUUAAAUUCCACCUAUUUCUGUCUCCCACCAUUUAUUUAUAGUUUCUCAAGGAUAAUGGAGGUGAGCGUGAAGAUGAAAUUCCGCUCACAACUACUACUGUUCGCUAUAUUGCUUAUUUUACCCAUAGUUUCAGCUCUCAGCGAAGAAGGCAAGGCACUGAUGGAGAUCAAGGCAUCGUUCAGCAACAUAGCAAACGUGUUGCUAGAUUGGGAUAAUGUCCACGACGAAGAUUUUUGCUCAUGGAGAGGCGUGUUGUGUGGAAAUUUCUCCAUGUCCGUUGCUGCCCUGAAUCUAUCUAAUCUGAACUUGGGCGGGGAAAUUUCACCAGCCAUUGGAGAUUUGAAGAAUCUGCAAACUUUAGACCUUCAGGGAAAUAAAUUAACUGGUCAAGUCCCAGAUGAGAUUGGAAACUGCAUUUCACUGAUCUUUCUUGAUUUGUCAGAUAAUUUGCUUUUCGGAGAUGUACCUUUCUCAAUUUCUAAGCUCAAGCAGCUAGAGUUAUUGAGCUUGAAAAACAACCAGUUGACCGGUCCAAUCCCGUCCACAUUAACCCAAAUCCCUAAUCUAAAGACGCUUGAUCUGGCUCGAAACCAGCUCAUUGGUGAGAUACCGAGGUUGAUCUAUUGGAAUGAAGUUCUGCAAUAUCUUGGCUUAAGAGGCAACUUGUUGACAGGAACAUUGUCACCUGAUAUGUGCCAGUUGACCGGCUUGUGGUAUUUUGAUGUGCGGGGCAAUAACCUCAGCGGGACUAUUCCAGAUAAUAUUGGGAAUUGUACAAGCUUUGAGAUAAUGGAUAUCUCAUACAAUCAGAUAACUGGAGAAAUUCCCUACAAUAUUGGAUUUUUACAAGUGGCCACCUUGUCUUUGCAAGGUAAUAGCCUAACCGGUAAGAUCCCGGAAGUGAUUGGUCUAAUGCAAGCUCUUGCUGUUCUGGACUUGAGUGAAAAUGAGUUGGUGGGACCAAUUCCUCCAAUCUUUGGCAAUUUAUCCUACACUGGGAAGCUGUACCUGCACGGCAACAAACUUACAGGGCCAAUACCACCAGAGCUGGGAAAUAUGUCUAAACUUAGUUACUUGCAAUUAAAUGACAAUCAGCUAAUUGGUCAAAUUCCCCCUGAACUUGGCAAACUGGACCAGUUAUUUGAAUUGAAUCUUGCAAAUAACAAGUUGGAGGGACCAAUUCCUGAAAAUAUCAGCUCUUGCUCAGCAUUGAAUCAAUUUAAUGUUCAUGGUAACAACUUAAAUGGAUCCAUCCCUUCAGGGUUUAAGAAUCUGGAGAGCCUGACGUAUCUAAAUCUUUCAUCAAAUAAAUUUAAAGGUCACAUACCUUCUCAACUCGGGCGAAUCAUCAACCUUGAUACAUUGGAUCUCUCUGGCAACGAAUUUUCUGGGUCUAUCCCUGGUUCUAUUGGAGAUUUGGAGCAUCUUCUCACAUUGAAUCUGAGAAGCAAUCAUCUUGAUGGACAAAUUCCUGUAGAAUUUGGCAAUCUGAAAAGUAUACAGACCAUUGAUAUGUCAUGCAACAAGAUCUUUGGUGGCAUCCCAAAAGAGCUGGGACAGCUGCAGACCAUGGUAACUCUUACUUUGACAACUAACAAUCUCAGUGGAACAAUCCCUGACCAAUUGACCAAUUGUUUCAGCCUAACUAGUUUGAAUAUCUCAUACAACAAUUUCAGUGGUGUUGUUCCUCUUUCACGAAACUUCUCGCGGUUUGCACCUGACAGUUUUUUGGGGAAUCCAUUUCUUUGUGGCAACUGGAAAGGUUCAAUAUGUGACCCCUAUGCACCAAGGUCUAAUGCCUUCUUCUCCAGAACAGCUGUUGUUUGCACCGCAUUGGGUUUCAUAGCACUUUUAUCCAUGGUUAUAGUGGCUGUGUAUAAGUCCAAUCAACCACACCAGUUUCUGAAGGGGCCUAAGACCAAUCAAGGUUCCCCCAAACUCGUGGUUCUUCACAUGGAUAUGGCCAUCCAUACAUAUGAUGACAUUAUGAGGAUUACUGAGAACUUCAAUGAGAAAUUCAUAAUAGGAUAUGGUGCUUCCAGCACUGUAUAUAAAUGUGUUUUGAAAGAUUCCCGACCCAUUGCCGUUAAGCGACUUUACACUACACAUCCUCACAGCUUGCGCGAGUUUGAGACUGAACUGGAGACAAUUGGAAGCAUCAGGCACAGAAACCUUGUUAGCUUGCAUGGUUAUUCACUUUCCCCUCAUGGGAAUCUCCUUUUUUACGACUACAUGGAGAAUGGUUCACUCUGGGAUCUACUUCAUGGGCCAUCCAAAAAGGUCAAACUUGACUGGGAAACACGUCUGAGAAUUGCUGUUGGAGCUGCGCAGGGUCUUGCUUAUCUUCACCAUGAUUGCAACCCAAGAAUCAUCCACAGAGAUGUAAAAUCUUCAAACAUUCUGGUGGAUGAAAAUUUUGAGGCUCAUCUUUCUGAUUUUGGGGUUGCAAAAUGCAUCCCUACUGCAAUAACUCAUGCAUCAACUCUGGUGUUGGGCACCAUAGGCUACAUUGAUCCUGAGUAUGCCAGGACUUCCAAGUUAACUGAAAAGUCAGACGUCUACAGCUUUGGCAUUGUUCUCCUAGAGCUUUUGACAGGAAAGAAACCGGUUGAUAAUGACUUGAACUUGCAUCAGCUGAUAUUGUCAAAAGCGGAUGAUAACACUGUGAUGGAAGCUGUUGAUCCUGAGGUAUCUGUUACAUGCAUGGAUUUAAUGCACGUGAGGAAGACUUUUCAGCUUGCGUUGCUGUGCACAAAAAGAUUCCCAUGUGAGAGGCCAACUAUGCAUGAGGUUGCUAGGGUACUUGUUUCCUUGCUUCCUCCCCCACCAACCAAACCUUGUUUAGCCCCUCCCAUUGAUUAUACGAAGUUUGUGAUUGGGAAAGGACUACCGCAAGUCCAGCAGGGUGACAAUUCCUCCGAAGCACAGUGGCUUGUUAGAUUUCAAGAAGCUAUAUCCAAAAACACCCUUUGACUUGGGUUCAAAGACACUUCAUAUCAAAUCAGGAGUGAAUGUGGAACAUAUGUUGGCCGAAGUUUUUUUGAUGUUAGAGAUUUCCCCUAAAAGAUGGUUAGGCACACGGUAUGGCUAAAGUCUAUUUCACAUUUGUAGAUUGAAUGUUUUAUGGUGGAUGAGAUCCACAAUAGGUUAGAUCUACAGCCAGUGCAGUUCAACUUAAAUGUGUUGAGAUCUAUUUCCUACAUGAACUUGAUGUUUUUUGUCCAUGUAUAGAGCUAAAACAAUAUAAGUUAAUUACAUUAAACUUAGCAAUUAGUAUGCAUUCCCGGA